UCUGGUUUUUUAUUUGUCACCGUCCAACUGUCCCCACUGCUUCCAACGCCACUCCUCACUAUCCCCGCGCCUAUCCUUCCUAUCCCCGCGCCUAUUUCUUCCUAAACCCAUUCCGCCUUAGAUUCCUUCAGACCCGCUGCUCCCAUACCGUCUUACCCCCUGCUCCCAUUCCGUCUUACCCCCUGCUCCCAUUCCGUCUUACCCCCUGCUCCCAUUCCGUCUUACCCCCUGCUCCCAUUCCGUCUUACCCCCUGCUCCCAUUCCGUCUUACCCCCUGCUCCCAUUCCGUCUUACCCCCUGCUCCCAUUCCGUCUUACCCCCUGCUCCCAUUCCGUCUUCCCCCUGCUCCCAUUCCACUGGGUGGGGAAUCACAGUGCUGUGAGGGGGGAAGCACAGAGGACCCCCCCAGUGAUGCUGGGCGAGGACGGCAUGGUCGUGCGCAUUGCCCCUUGGUGUCAAUAGCACCGGCCACUCCAGUCCUCCGUGCAGCACCCGCGUCCCCAUCCACCUCCCGUCCUCUCCCCAUCCCCCUCCCAUCCUCCCAUGGGGUACGCAUCGCACGCUGUGGCUCCUCCCUUACUGCCACCUGGAUCCUCCCGGUCUGCCCCAUUUUCAGUUUGUGCGUCGAAGUGGCCACUGUGCCAAGGGGAAUUUUGCAGGUCAAGGUGAGGGAAAACGGGACAACAUCCUGGGUUCUCUCCUGUUCCCUCCUCUCCUGUUCCCUCCUCUCCUCUCCUCUCCUCUCCUCUCCUCUUCCUCUCCUCUCCUCUCCUCUCCACUACUCUCCUCUCCUCUCCUCUCCUAUCCUCUCCUCGUCGUCUUCAUCUCCUCACCUCCCCUCUCCUCUCCUCUCCUCUCCUCUCCUCUCCUCUCCUCUCCUCUCCUCUCCUCUCCACUCCUCUUCCAUCUUACUUGGAGUCCAUCCAGGACCCACUCGGCAGGGCAUCACGUGCCCAAGCUCCCAAAACCGAACCCAAGCCCACCCAUUCUUUCCAGUUGGUGGUGCAAUAAGACUAGCCGCAUGCAGCCCUUUCUGGCUUGGUGGCACUCAGAGCCAUAGACAGUGAGUUUGUAAAGCCUCCUAGAUGGUGUAGAGAGGCUAGCUGUAUUAAUAAAUAUCACCCUGUCGAGAGCACCGGAAGCAUAAGCUCCUCGGAUGGACAUAAGUAUCACGCCUUGAAAUGUUACG